ACACCGCGCCGUUCGCACGUGCUCUCUGCACAGGUACACAAGACCUAAUCACCGCGUAUCGUUCGAUUUUUUUUUCGCAUUACCGAUAUCGAUAUUUUCAUUUGAACACAGCAUUGUUCGAGAUGCGGUUAUCUCGUUGCGAGUCCGAGUGAUAAACAGUUGCACUUGACUUUGAGACGUCGGCGCGUGAAAUUCGUCGAUGAAAAGUGGCUUUCAGGUUUUUUUUUAUAUACAGUGAAACGAAACGCUGCGAUUUCGGUGGCAGUGCUCAUUAGUUCCGGACAAUCGUGAAUAUUUAAUACUUUUGUGUUGUUUAUUCGGAAAACUCGGGGUUUUCUGCAUUUCAUUGUCCGUGUGUCAUUGUCAUGGUGAUCGUGAAUGCUUGCCUUGUUACACGUAAAUGAGUGGAGAUUAGCGGAAAUAACGAUUCAAUUACCUUGUCGGGUUCGAAGUUGUGUUUUUCUUUAAGUCCCAAGUAUAUGGAACGAAUCGUCGCACGGUUUGGUUAUUGAUUGGACAGAAUUUUGUUUAACAUAACGCGAACAAACGAACGACAACAGCGAACAAUAGACAAAAAACAAAAGAGGAAUAAUUCGAUCGCAUACCAACCGUUGAAAGUGAAACAGUUCAGUGAAGUGAUGUGAUUGCGGAUUUGCUUCGGUCGUCGGUCCCCGGUAAAAACUGGAGGUCGACACUUAUGACGUGUCAGUUGUCGUGGAGCUGACAACAGAUGUCAUCCAGGACGAGGGAGCAAUGUCGGCCGAUGGGUCGACGACGGACAUCAAUGCCCUUCUCAACGACACCGAGUCGGAUCUCACGAGUCUUUCACAUGUUGAUGCCCCGAAUGAUGCGAAUUACAUGAUAUGCGGUGUCGUGAUCGCUAUGGCCCUUGUGGGUCUUAUUAUAGUGCUGCUGGCCUUAACAAUCAACAAGCUGCGUAAGAGGGAGGAGCACUCUGCUUCCGUACAUCCUGCUGAAGUACUCCAAGCUGCGCCUGCGCCGCAACCGGAUCCUCUUGCAUUUCGCCAGCAGCCCUUGUGGCAGUUUCCGCCGCCGUUGCCUCCGCCUUUCGUCUAUCCUCACGAUCAGGACAACUUAAUGCAGCCGCACGGCAACGAGCGUGCCAGUUUCCGCAGUCUUCGCAAGAAUAUCGGUGGUCGUUGGAAACGACUAGUGAAAAAGAAGCCUGAACAGGAAGUUUACACGAUCCCGCCUGAGCUCAAGCCACAACUUAAGCAGAUAUACGUUUAUUAGACGCUCUAAAAGCGAAUCGUAUUUAGUAUGUUAGUACUGAAGCAGGAGACUUCAAAGGCGCUGGUCUUAAGCGUUGACGUCAACCAAAACUCAAUGGUUGUUACAAAUUCAUAUCAACAUGAAUGUAAAGAAAUUUAAUGUAACAUCUGCACGGCUCGGCAGCCAUUUUGUCCUUAGACAUAUCUUUUCGACCAAUUAUUUCUAAUGACCAAUUUACUAAAACUUUCUUCAUUUACUACUUCUAUGUGAUUUCAAGCCUUAGAAAUUGUAUUAUUAUUAAGUAUUAGAACACUGAUGAUUGUGAGUGUUGUUCCGUAGCAGAAAUCUGAACGUAGUGUGCAGCAUGAGUGAUAGUCAAUGAAUUUAGUUUAAUUAUUAAUUUAAAGCUAUGAAUGAAAUUAGUAAGAUGCGGUCGCGCAUGUUAAUAACGAAUAUCCAAUAAUUAAAGUAAUUUAACAUGAUGCCUUGUUGAAUGUAAUCUUUCACUAGUUAGGGCACUUUGUGGGUCAUUAAUUUAUUGUAAAGAUGAUCGUAUUCUUAAGUGAACAUUGAUCAAAUAUUUUGUGACGCUGUGCAAAUGUGCGAACACAGCGUGAGAGUUGAUUGCGGAGCCUUAUUGUUUGAUGCAGUAUUUUUAUAUCAUUCAUUUGUGUUGGUGAGUGAGACUGAAAUGUUAUGGUAUAAUGUAAAAAUUAACGUGACACUGAGAAAUAUCUCAGGCAAAUGUUAUUUUCUGAUAUUAUUGACAUCUAUAUUUAAAAAAAAAAACUUCACGAUGGAGAAACUAUCUAUCAAUUGACCUAGUUUUUGAAUGUUAUGUUACAAGCAUGCUGUGUAGUUGUAAUUUCAGAUUUUCGCCCGGUCCCUACUGUGAUAAUAGAAAUUGAUGGAAUAAAGAAUGUUGAACAUGCAGAAAAAAGUGUUUUGUAUUAUAUUAAAUCCUUGUCAAUUAAUAUUGAAUGGGAGGGCCGUCGGUCGAGAAUUACGAUAGCUCAUAUUGAGCCUGAUAUUUUGAUGAUUUAAGAGUAGCGUAUAGUAGCACUUAGAUCCAGCCAUGAAUGUAGUUAUUUUUCUUAAUUGAACAUUUAACUGUUGAUGUACAGAAAAAAAGAAAAUACUUACGAUGUUAAUAAAGUAGCUAAAUGUACCUUAUUUAGGACCUUAUUUUGUUUCGAAAGAAGAAUUGUAUUUGUUCGAUAACGCAAAAUAAAUUCCAUCAUGAUAGUAA